UGUAUUAUUAUUUUUUCUCCUGUAGAUCUCUUGACAAGGCUGAUGUCUACAAGUGAAACCCAURGUUUCAAAUUGGAUAAAAAUUUAUUGGUUAAGCUUCGUAAAGAUACUGGAUUUGGUUUUGCUAAGUGUAGAGAAGCUCUGGCAUUGAAUGACAAUAAUAUCAUCGAAGCAGAGGCCUGGUUGAAUGAUCAAGCCGAGAAGGAAGGCUGGGCAAAAGCAUCAAAACUGCAAGGACGCACUGCAUCAGAGGGGUUGAUAGGUGUUCUGGUUGACAGUAAUGUUGCAGCUAUGGUAGAGAUGAACUGUGAGACAGACUUUGUAGCAAGAAAUGACAAUUUUGUGGACCUCAUAACCUUGGUAACCCAUUCUGCUUUGAAUCAUCGCAAGACUAUAAUCAAACAAAACCAGCAGAUCAACACUUUAGGAAGCAUAUCUACUCACUUUAGAGAAGUCUUGUUAACCCAUGACUUAAGGGAACUUGAAACACCCCAGGGUAAAGUGGAUGAUUUGGUUGCAAAGAUGAUAGGAAAGCUUGGAGAAAGCAUCAAGCUUACUAGGGCUAUUACCAUGACAACAGAACCAAGUAGUGUGAUUGGUAGUCAUGUUCAUGGAGCCUUUGUGAGACACUCURAAGGACUUUCAUUGGGUAAAUUUGGUGCAAUUGUUGUUCUGAARCCAAUGAGAAAUGACAUUGACAAURAAAAAUURUCUGUKUUAUCUAAAAACAUAGCUAAACAUAUUCUUGGCAUGAAUCCACAAGCAAUUUCUAGUAAUGAAGUYAAGGARAGUGAUGGAGAGAUUWGUGAUGUCUUAUUGGAACAGGAUUACCUGUUCGAUAACAGUAGAACUGUUGGGAAACUGGUAGAUGAUGAAGGUUUGAAUGUUGUUGAUUUUGUGAGAUAUGAGUGUGGAGAAAAGUAAGCUUAACUGAUGUCAGUUAAAUCAUUGAUGCAUUUAAUAGCAUUAAAGCAUGCUGUUUGAAAUUGA